UUCUUGGACCAAAUGGCAUAGCACUGGUCACGUGAUCUGCGUCUUGUUUUAGCGCGGGACUUGGAAGUCGUCGGAAAGAGAGGCGUCUCACAAGCAAGUCCGAAGUUUGUUUAUAUUAAAAUAUUCGCUGUGUCUUUUAGAAACAAACGUGUUUGACAGGGCGACGCAUUUCGUGUUUAAUAUCAAAAUAAGCCCUUAAGUUAACUCGUGAACUCUACGCGGUAACCGUUUAUGUCAGUGCAGGUACAGUCUGCUGGGACAGUGUUUCUCAUAAACUCGGUGAAAGCAAAAAAAACAACAAAACAAAAACAGUUUCCCACAUUGUUACAGCUGUUGGUUUUUUUGUGGGAUUAAAUGGAAGCAGCUCAGACUGUGCAGAGGAGCACUCAACAAAGUGUUGAAAAGGGCAGGAGCCAACACAGAAUUCCCAGGGAUGUUGAGACAGACAUUGCAUACCUGUAUGAAGUUCUGCCGCAGCUGUCUCGAAUUUUUCGUAUCAUAGAUAAAAUUGGAGAAGGUACUUUUAGCUCGGUGUAUUUGGCAGAGGCACAGAUGACCGACGGGUCGAGAAGGAUGUUUGCAUUGAAACACCUGAUCCCUACCAGUCACCCUGUGCGUAUAGCCGCUGAACUCCAGUGCCUGACUGUUGCUGGAGGUAAAGAAAAUGUGAUGGGAGUCACGUACUGCUUCAGGAAAGAGCAUCACGUGGUCAUUGUCAUGCCAUACAUGGAGCAUCAAACCUUUGUGGAUAUUGUUGGCUCCUUGAGUUUUGAGGAUGUGAGGCAUUACAUCUUCCAUCUGCUCAAAGCCUUGAGACACAUUCACAAGUUUGGCAUCAUCCACCGAGACAUCAAACCAACUAAUUUCCUGUUCAAUCGACAAAAGAGGGAGUAUGCUCUAGUGGAUUUUGGCCUGGCACAGGGCACUCCUGAUACACUGAUAGAACUGCUGAAGGUGGUGAAAUCAAAAGCUCAUAAAGGUGGCGGGUCAUCUAAGAUGGUGGAGGAAUCACUUGGGAAACAGAAACUGGUGCCUUUACCACCCAACACCAGAAACACUGCUCUCCAGUCCAGCACUAAAGCACCUGCUAAAAGACCAUGCCCAGCUUCACUCGUUAAACACAGCAAGGAACUGUUGGAACUUGAUAAUACACCACGGUCUGUAUUUGGGGAGAAAAACGUAAAUGGCACAAACUCCCAUAAACCUGGCACUGACAAAGUUGAGGGACUGCUUUCAAAACCAAAACGAGAGGAAUUAAUUCCACGGAAGAUUGUUUCUUCAAAACACCGUUCGGUACCAGUGAGAGCACCACUGAAUCAGAGACAGAAAGCCCCCAUUGAGAGUCAGAAACCCAAACCCCCUGCCGUCAACCCGAGUCUCACCUGCAACUGCUACAUGACUGACCGCGUCUGCAACAUCUGCAUGUCCAGGAAACAGCAGGUGGCUCCGAGGGCUGGUACCCCAGGCUUUAGGGCUCCUGAGGUCCUGACUAAGUGCCCUAACCAGGGAACAGCUAUUGACAUGUGGUCAGCAGGUGUCAUAUUGCUGUCACUGCUGAGUGGGAGGUAUCCAUUCUUCAAAGCCAGUGAUGAUCUGAUCGCACUUACUCAGAUCAUGACCAUUCGAGGAUCUAGAGAGACAAUAGAGGCUGCUAAGACGUUCGGUAAAUCUAUAGUGUGCAGUCGUGAGCUUCCUCGGUUGGACCUGAAGAUCCUCUGUGAGACUCUAAGAGGUUUGCGAUCAUGGGAUGACGGCUUACUUCCUGCUGAGUUUCAAGCCUCACAUAACCCAGCAGAAGGAAAACAGGAUGCUGUUAAGAAGCAUGCGAGCUCUCUCAAAAGCAGUGCAGAGCUGCAGGAGAUGGGCUGGGAUAAAGUGCCUGAUGAUGUGUAUGACCUCCUGGAUAAACUCUUAGAUUUAAACCCGGCAUCAAGGAUAACUGCUUCUAUGGCACUGCAGCAUCCACUUUUCAAAGAUGUGACUGAUUAAUUUUUGUACCGCCUUCUAAUUUUUAUUAUUCUGUAAAGAGUUACAUUUAUGCAUCUAUUUUCUAACUACAUUCUGUACAGUGAUGUUUUAUUUAUUAGUCUUAUUUUUGGGGUUUCUAAAGAUUCACUUUUGAGAAUAAAAAUUUCACACUUAUUGUUUAAAGUUCCUCUUAAAGUGUAUUU